GUUCCAUUGAUCGUUACACGGGAAUAGAGAUGGCUUACCGAGUGUUAGGUGCCAAUCGUAGCGAAUGUAAAGUUACACGCUAGCCUUCUCGUUAUAAAACUAGGAAUACUGAAGCUAGCUGUACAACAAUUAAACACGAAAUAUUGGAUAAAACUACGUUAAAAAACAUUCGUUACGCACAAAGGAUUUAUAUUAUAUCAGCCAUUCUAGACCAUAGAAAUAAGGUGAUUUUAAACAAGGAUUUUAUAUGGUGUUUUAAGGUGUUUAACGACAAAAGCACUGCAAAAUGAAAUGGUUUUUGUUCCAUGAUAAGACAUUAAUUUUACAUCCAUGUAGGUGUUGUGUAGUGUAAACGUCACAUCUGAGUGGAUCAACUCCACAAGUUCCAAUUUUGAUGCAUUCCGAAACUUUUUGAAACUGUCAAUGACUUCAUUUGUUACAAGAGUUUCCAUUAGAUGCCUGAAAUGUUGUUAUCCAAUCAACAGUCAUGAAACAUAAAAGACAUUUAACCGAAAAUGAAAUCUCUGAUGUGGUUUAAUCUGAAAUAUGUAAAAACCCUUUUUUGAAACUAAAUAUUCCAAAAAAAAAGAGGGCCAUCGACUUGAAAUAUUUCUUUUUCAAAGUUCUCACAAACUGCAUCAUAGUGUCAAAUGGAGAUUAUUACGUGACAAAGCCUAAACGGCCAGCGUCGGAGAAUUUGAGUAGAGCACGGCCUUAUAUGACACUUAGUUGUGGUGAAUACAUGUAUAUAUUUGGAGACAUUUUUUGACUCGACGUGAGUGUGACGAUCAAAUUUCCAAAAUGUCGAACAUGGAAUUUUCCAGUAACAUGUCCGAUGCGGACAAUCGUGUAAUUUUGAAUGUGGGUGGUAUUAGACACGAGACAUAUAAAGCCACUCUGAAGAAAAUCCCAGCAACAAGAUUGUCCAGGUUGACAGAGGCUUUAGCCAAUUACGAUCCAGUCUUAAAUGAAUACUUCUUUGACAGACAUCCUGGUGUGUUUGCUCAAAUAUUGAAUUAUUAUCGGUCGGGGAAGUUGCAUUAUCCGACGGAUGUGUGUGGACCCUUGUUCGAGGAAGAACUUGAGUUUUGGGGACUGGACUCGAACCAAGUGGAACCGUGUUGUUGGAUGACGUACACCAGUCAUCGAGAUACGCAAGACGUUCUCACCAUCUUGGAUCGCCUAGAUCUCGACACCGACAAACCAACGGAAGAGGACAUUAUGAAAAAAUUUGGCCUUGAGGAUGAAUAUAAGUCCGGGGAACUAAAUUGUUGGCAACGAAUACAGCCAAAAAUCUGGGCCCUCUUUGAUGAGCCAUAUUCAUCCACUGGAGCCAAGGCAAGUACAAAUUAUAUUUUAUUAUUACGUUUGUCAUGUUCUGAUAUUGGAAUGUUAUGGUUUUUGGCAGGGCGUGAUUAA